AUGAGCAAUGUUCUAAGGACGUGCAGAGGUUUUGUUCUAUUUUUUAACCGACAGUCUGUCAAGUCUGUCCAACGAGGGUUUCAUUCAACAGAAUCAUGUCUUGACAAACCUCCUAAAGUUGAUGUGGUGAGCGUAGACAGCUUCAAUAAUGUCCAGGAGAAGAACAAAAAGACGUACUUGGAUAUGUUAAGAGUAUAUCGAAUGGAAAAAUAUCGAUCUGGUCAUGUAGAAUUUAUAAACACAGCAAUUAAGCACUUGGAUGAAUUUGGAGUAAACGAAGACCUAGAAACUUACAAAAAACUCAUCCAAGUACUACCAGCGGGAAAAUUCGUCCCCCAGAACUAUAUACAGUCGGAGUUCAUGCACUACCCAAAACACCAGCAGUGUAUCAUUGACUUAUUACAGAAAAUGGAAGAUAAUGGAGUGAUUCCUGAUUGGGAAGUAGAAGACAUGCUUGUUAAACGGUUUGGUCCUCGUGGAUUCCCCGUACGGCGCUAUUGGCGAAUGAUGUACUGGAUGCCUAAGUUUAAUAAUUUAUCCCCUUGGCCUAUACCUAAGCCUGCCCCUAAUGAUCCUUAUGAACUAGCAUUAUUAGCUAUCAAAAGGAUUAGUAGUAUAGACAUUGAAUCUGAAGUUAAAGUAUACAAAACUAAGGAAUUAGAAGAAAGCAUUGAGGAUACAUGGAUAGUUAGUGGUCAAAGCCCUGAUCAAAAAAAAAUUGUUGCUAAUCACCCAGAAAAUGUCCCUGUAUAUAUUGAAGGUGGUUUCAGAAUAUGGCUUCGAAAACAGAGUAUUAUUUAUUUCAUUUUAAGAACUGAACCUUCUCCUGCAAUAGAAAAUGAAGAAGAAGAUGAAGAUGAUAUUAGUAAUUUCCGUGUACCUUUUUUUGAUAAGCCUAUUCCAAAAAUAUCUGACAAAAUUGCUAAAAAAAAAACUGUGCAUGAACAAGAAGAUGGUACCAUACUUGCAGUUGCUGCAACUGGUACAUCCAGUAAAAACUCUUUAUUAUCUUGGAUUAGGUUUUUGGAGAAAGAUGGGAACCCAAGACUAACUCAUAUACCAAUUUUAUUCACGAGUAAAUCACCACUUGGAAAUGUGGAACCAUUGUCUGAACUGGAUGAAUCCAAGAAAGAAGUUGAACAGUCAAAACAAAAAGUACCCAUAGAGUAA